AUGUACGAUGGAAAUUUGAUGGAGAAUAUCCAUUGUAAGCGGCUACGGGAGGAGACGAAUUGGAACGCUGAAGCAAGUCACGAGCUGCUGAGACUGCGCUUUCAACAAUUGAGGGACUUAUUUGAUAAUGCGCAGACGGUGGCAGAUGUGCAUGAGGCCUGGGGCGUCGUAGCAUCGACGCUUAGUAAGAAGACGGACUAUAGACUGCAAGUGGAUGCGGUCCAAUGUAGCGACCAACUGACGAAACUUCGAAAACAGUGGCAACAAAGCAGCAAGAAUCAGUUGCAUGUGAUGAUGGCUGAGUGUUUUAACAAAAACAUUGUCGAGUCUCAGCAGCAGCACGAGUCAAUGCAGCAUCUUCCACAAGUAAAAAGUAAUUUCAAUAAAGCAAUGGAAGAAGCCUUGAUGCAAGAAGCAGAGGAAGAAAAGACAGUUGAAAGUGGGCUAAAAAGGAGCAAGACAAUGGCAGUACAAGAGGUAGAAGAAGUUUCAGUGUCAUCACUGUCAGAUCAAGCUGAGACUUUGUCGUCUUCGGAACCGAUUCUAUCGUUAUCAGACCUUACUUGUCCAACAAAGCAUGAUAUGGAGUCGUCUACCGUUGGUGUGCAUGAAGAUCGGUUAUUACCGGCACAUGAAUCUCUUGAGAUAUCUCCUCAACCAGUUUCAAGUCUAUUACAAGAAACUCUAUUGUCAGUUGUCUUGGAUGAAGAAAAAGAAUUCUAUCGACAUGGUGAUAUUAUGCGUGCACUGGAGAAACGAUCCCUGCAGUUUGAACGACUGGCUCAAUCUCAUAAACAUCUCGCUAAUGUGACCGAACAAUUAAUGGACGCUCUGGUCAAUCGCAACAUUGAAUUAACGUAA